AUGAAAUAGUAAUUCACAAAUAAAUAUUAGAUUCGAUUAAAGCCUUAGGAUGGUAUAUAUAUGGUUUAUUUAUUUAGGGAUAUUAUCUAAACUCCAAUUUUCGAUUUAAGUUAAGAUUAUAUGCUAAUUUAUAAGACCAGUAGAAUAGAGUUUAAGGUCUACUGUGAUGAUGACAACGGAAUAAUGA